AUGGACGAUCGUGAAAUAGAAUUCAACCUAGCUCGAGAAAUACAACGCGAGCUGGAAAAUGAGAGUGAGUUUUCUUCGGAAAUGCGCUGCAUCGAAAAUUGCGAACAAAACAAUUCACCGAAAAAUAAUUGGCCAAACAAAAUGUUAUGGAAACAAUAAAACAUUUUCUUAUCUUUUGCCGCGAACUGUAAUCGAAGAAAAAAGAUAGGCCCGCCCACAGACGCAAAGUGCGCUUUCUUUCUUUGCCCUUCUCCGCGCCGUCGCCAAAUUUCGAAAUGUUAGUCCGUCGCACUUCUCGUUUUUACCUUUGCAAGCUUGAGAUCUUUCACAAAGUUCUGAUAUUUUAAAUUAUUUUUUCGAACGAAGUAUUAAAAUGGUUUCCGUUUAAAACGAAUUUAUUAGACUUCAAUCAAUUUUAACUAAUGCUUUUUUCAGUGCAAAUGGCGGAUUUCGAGGAAAUCGAGUUGGUUAUACAGAAUCAGGUCGAUGAGAUGGACGGAAUUCGCGUCAGAGCUGUCGACAACCAGGAUGAACUUGGCGGCGACCCUGAUGGAGACGAUGAUGGCGAUGGGGGUGGUGAUAACGAUGUCGGCAACGGGGACGGCGAGGACAAUGCCGAUGGUGAUGGUGAAGACGAUGACGAGGCAGGUGGUGACCGCGCGGAUCCAAACGACGCCAUGCUUGAAGAGAAGCAACCAGAAGAAGAACAAAUAGAGGAAAUUGUUCCGCUUCUCACUUCGAAAGGAACUGAGAUGAAGGGAUUUUCGUGCAUGAUCUGCUUCGAUCCUUACAGUGUGUUUCUUCAGAGAGAAGCCUUUUGACGAGAUAUUGUUUGCAGAUACGAAGGCUCGAAUUCCGAAAGUUUUCCCAUGCGGCCACACGUUUUGUCUCAGCUGCAUGAAAGGGCUUCUGCAAGGUGGCAACUACCACAUGGUAACUUCUAGUUGUCCCACUUGCCGCCAGCCGACAAAGUACUCUUCGAAAUCGGACCCUACAAAAAUCCCGACUAACUAUAGCAUUCUCGGUAAGGAUGUUUUCUGGUGAUUUUUAGAAAUUUGUUAUUUCAGCAAUGCUCGAACAACGCGAAGAAGAGUUGAUCGGCUCGGAUGAAAUGAGGGAAUCGUUGCAGUGCUACGAGUGCCACUAUUUCUUUGCUGGCAAUGCGUAAGACAAUGUUUCCAACUUCACAAGUGCUCAUUUCAUUUUCAGUGUGACUUUAUGCAACAGCGACUUGUGCCAACCUGGUCUCGACGAGAAGCAUCUGAAGCAGUUCGACAGCAUUGUAAGUGAUCGAUCAUCUCUUCCCUUGCUCAAUCAUUCAUUCUAUUUUAGAAGCGCUGCAAGAACCUUCUUAUUUGUGCCGAUUGCAUCAAGGAGAAGCAUUCUCGUCACAACUUCGUCCCGUUCGAAAAAGUCGUGGCUCAGUUCGAGUCCAACAGAAAGAUUGUUAAUGCUGAGAACGUCCUUGAGAAAAAUUUGAAAUCCGCCGAUGAGUGUCUCCUUCAGAUAGAUCUGGUGAAGAAAGAAGUGUUGGACCACAGAAGAGUAAGAGAAAACGCAGAAACUGUAGGUUAUCGGAGCAUUUCAGCGUAUGGUGAACGCAAUGGUGAAUAUUCGUGAGGAAGCCAACCAUCCGCAAAUCUACGAGUACCUGAGACGGUUCAAGGCAAGCGUCGAGUCUUCGGCUGCUCUGUUCAACUCUUUGACAAGUGAUCUUGAUAGUUUCGAUCGCCAUUCGAAGGUAAUUUCCGCCGGAAAUUUUUCAGUACCUGAAUACUGGGCCAACGUGAUAUUUUCAGGUCCGUUACUACCGUGUCUUCGGGCAAGAUGUGCUCCGUCCAAUCGCCCGUACUCCCGUAAGCGAAAAUAACGGACAAUUGGUGCCAAAAGAGGAGCCGAGGCCAGCAGCAAGGGACCCGGUGAUCGAAAGAAGGCCUGCUCGGCGCGAUGCUUUCGGAUUGCGCUUUGAUAUUUUCGAACAUCUACGUAGAUUUGGCCCCGAGAUUCCUCAUUUCCACCCUGCCGCUCCUCCUGCUCCAGCUGCUCCAGUCGCCCCGGUUGCUCCAGUCGCUCCGGCAGCGCCAGUCGCUCCGGCUGCUCCAGUCGCUCCGGCUGCUCCAUUCGCUCCGGCAGUGGCAGUCGCUCCGGCUGCUCCAGUCGCUCCAGCCGCUCUGGCCGCUCCGGCACCUGCUGCUCGUCGUCCGCAACAUGCCGAUUUCCUUGAUCAAGUCCAGGCCAUUCGUAAUAAUCUUAUGGCAUUGCGAGAGGAGGGUCUUGUCCCUGGAGCAGGUCCUAUUGACAAUAUUGGAGCCGGUCGUGAUGCGGCUGCUCGAGCUCUAGAUCCUGCUAAUCCUGACCCGGCCAACGCCCGUCCGAGAAAUCGUGUGAACGUGUGGGCCGUGAGAGGUCCUCGCGACUUUGGAUUCCUGAGAAGACGUCAGCGCGCUGAAAGAGAACCUAGAAGAGACAUCAGAGGAGCACGAGAGGAGCUUCAGAAUGCUAUGGAAAACAACCCAUUCUUGGUGGAUGUUCCGGCUGUUCAUCGCGCAUUGGAUGCAAUGGAAGGUGUCAGGGGCCGAGACCUUAGAGAUCAAUUUUUAGACGACUUGGCUCUCGACGAUAUGGACGACUUUUUCGCUCCGCCGCCGCCACGUAGACGUCGGGAUUUCGAAGCAGAGGAAGCCAUUAUGAGACGUGAGCUGGAACAAGCUGAGGAGCAAAUGCGAAUUCUGCAAGACCAAUUGGCGGUGCUCGAAAACCGCAUUGGCCAGGACAUUCUUCCUCGUCGCCUUCGUCGCGCUGCUGGUCGUGGUCGUGCCCCAGUCGCUGAAGCUGCUCCUGCUGCUCAAUGGGUGGACGUCGUCAUCGAUGAUCCGUUGCCUCAUCACCCACUCGUCGCCGGUGUUAAUCCGGAUCAUAUCAUGAGAGGAGAGAUUGCUAUUCUCGUCGAACGAGUCAUGAAUCGUGUGAGAAACGAGGCCCAUGCGCAGGCAGCCUUCGAUGGACUCCCAGUGCCGAAUCCUAUUGUGAUGCCACCACUUCUCAACCCAGCCGCGCACCCGCAUGUGCCCGAUUUCAAUCACUUGCGUCCACGGCAGGUGGGGCCUUUCCUUCAGGAGCUGAGAUUGCUCGAACGAGAGUGGAUUCAAAGAGCCAUCGAUAGGCGUGCUCGAGUUGCUGCCGAAAACGCUCCACCAGCUGAAGAGCCGGUGUUGGCCGAGCGCGUGGAACCGGAAGAACAACCGGAGAUUCCAGUGCAACCAGUCGAGGAGAACCAAGAAGAGGGCGCAGGUCGUGCCGGUGAGAGAAUUUGUCGGGUCUUGUCAUCGAAAAUUUGCGUUUUUCAGAUCGAGGACCUCAAGUGGAGCCCCCUGCCACCGGCGAGCCAGCUGCGAAACGAACUCGCCAAAAUGAAUGA